AUGGUGAAUCUAAGGCGUGGAAAGAAGAAGGAGAAGAAGAAACCAGAAAAAGAAAAGGAAAGAAAUGAAGUUGAAGACAAUUAUGCUAAGAGAGACAUAAAGGUGAAGGUUAUGAACACUGUGAUGAGUUUUGAAUUCAAAGGGUUGGCUAGAACAGAUAUGGGUCUCCUUCAAUUGAAAGAAAAGAUCAAGCCCCUAAUUAGAUUGCAACCUAAUGAGGAAGUGGAUUUAAUAUGGUAUAGUGACCCCUGUUUACCAGAUUCAUUGCUUACUGAAGAAGAAUUUUGGAGGUUUUGGGAUAAUGCAGAAGUACAUGAGAAUUGGACUACACUGCAUAUGCAAGUUAUCAUUCCACAUGAGUAUUCAGAAGGGUUAACAGAGGCAGCAAGCGUUGUUGAGGAUGAUCAGUAUGUUGUACAACUUCCAAAUGAAGAACCUGAUGAGUGUCACCCUGAGCAGGAUUUAGAAAACUUCAACUGUGGGUAUGAUAAUGAAGAACAACAUGCAAAGGACUAUGAGGAAUUUUUGAAAAAGGCUGCGGAUGGUGGCUUGGCAGAUAAUUUUGAUGAUCCUAACUUUGGUGAGGUGGAGGUUGAUAAUGACAAUGAAGAGGAUCAUUAUGUGGAUAUAGUGAGUUCUGAUGGAGAAGAUGAAGGUGGACAAGAACAAGCUAAACCAGGUGGGCCUGAAUGUAAUGCAACUCACCAGUUUAAUGGACCUCAAGCUAAUGAGCCCUGUCCCACAACAGAGUUUGAGAAAGAAUAUGCAGAGCACUUUAGGCAAGAAGAAGAGGAAGACUUGUUCCAAGAGGAGAUAGGUGAGGAAUUUAAUCCUACUAAACUUGUAGUUGGUACCAAAUAUGUAGAUAAAAAUGAAUUUAAGAAACAUGUUAGGCAUUUCUGUGUAAUGAAUGGACAUGAAUUUGUAUGGAAUAAAUGUGAUAAUAAGCAACAAAGAGCAGUAUGUGUUAAUUGUGAGAAGACGGAAUGUAAGUUCUUUAUAUAUGGCAUCAAGCGAAAAGGUGAAGGAGACACCUUUACACUCAAAGGGUAUAAUAUAGAACACAACCACCAAGGUCGUGGAGAUGGGUACAACAGAAGUGCAAUUCCUCCUUAUGUAGCUGAUUGGUACAUGGAAAAAAGAAGGGAGACAGGUUGUGAUGCAGAAAUACCUUGUCCAUAUGACUUAGCAGCACAAUUUAAAAGGGACACAAAGGUCACCAUUGCAUACCAUACUGCAUGGAGGGCAAGGGUUAUGGUGUUGGAGAAGCUAUAUGGGAGUUAUGAGAAGAGUUACCAACAAGUUCCUAACUUUUGUGAAAUGGUUAAGAGGAGAAACCCAGGAAGCCAUUGUUCUUUCUCAUAUGGCACUCUAGACAAUACGUUCCUUUCUUUAACCAUAUCAUUUGCUCCUGCAAUAAAGGGGUGGAAGGCUGGCUGUAGAAGGGUCAUUGGCUUGGAUGCUUGUCACUUGAAUGGAAAGUCUGGAUGGCCAGAAUGGCUUAGUUAUGCUAGGUAUAAUGGUGUGUAG